CCCCUCCCUCAUAUCUCCCCAGGAUUCCCGCCUCCUGCUCCUGCACUGAGUGGUGUCAGCUGUCGGUCACACACAGGCCCCUGUACGAGUGUCUGGUUGCCGCACAGGAUGGAGUCCCAGCAGCAUCAGCGCCGGCACACAGUGCUCCUGGCUUUCUGCUUUGCAGUGCUCCAGGCGACCGUUGCCACCGCCUCUGCCCCGGAAGACAAGGAGCAGCCUCGGCCUGGCCGGGCCAGUCAGGACGGGGAGUGUCACUUCUACGCCGGAGGACAGGUGUACCCCGGGGAGGCGACCCGUGUGCCGGUGUCCGACCACUCCCUGCACCUCAGCAAGGCCAAAAUUUCCAAGCCAGCGCCAUACUGGGAAGGAACAGCGGUGAUAAACGGAGAGUUCAAAGAAUUGAAACUGACAGAUCACAAAGGAAAAUAUUUAGUUUUCUUCUUCUAUCCUUUGGAUUUUACCUUUGUAUGUCCAACCGAAAUUAUUGCUUUUAGUGACCGCAUAGAAGAAUUUAGAUCGAUAAAUACUGAAGUUGUAGCCUGCUCAGUGGACUCUCAAUUUACUCACUUGGCAUGGAUAAAUACUCCAAGGAAGCAAGGUGGGCUUGGGCCCAUGAAAAUUCCUCUUUUAUCUGACUUGACUCAUCAGAUUUCAAAGGAUUAUGGUGUAUACUUGGAAGACCAAGGUCACACGCUCAGAGGGCUUUUCAUAAUAGACGACAAGGGAGUCCUCCGGCAGAUUACAAUGAAUGAUCUUCCUGUUGGGCGAUCUGUAGAUGAGACUCUUCGUCUUGUCCAAGCAUUCCAGUACACAGACAAACAUGGGGAAGUUUGCCCUGCAGGGUGGAAACCUGGUAGUGAAACGAUCAGACCUGAUGAUAUUAUGAAAGUUUGGUGGCCAAAGCAGGAACUAUAAUUCCUGACCCAGCUGGAAAACUGAAGUAUUUCCAUAAGCAACACUAACCUUUUUGUAAUGGCUAAACGUGCAUGGAGUAGUACUUGUAAAAACUGGUUGAUACACAUUAAAAUUCUAUGAAUUUUGAUACUA